UGAACAACAGCGCGCCUUCGCUACCGCUCGCCAACACUGCCUCUGCAACCGUACGGUUUGCUCAGCGUGUACGUUGUCGUUUUGUUCCGCUGUUGUUGUUUCCGUACACCGCUUUUAGUUAUUUUGCUAUUAUACCGAAAAUAAAAUGUAAGCUUUAUACGACAUUUAAUCUGAUAUUUUUGUUCGUUUCUGUAUCUUUCAAAAAUCAUCGUUGUCGGUAUGUUUUUGAAUGACAACUGUACGGGUGAAUUCGUCGGCGGGUCACCGUUUUCGACGGAUCAUUUCGUCCGAUAGAUUGCUCGCCGUCUUUUAGCCGUACAUUUAAGGGUAAAAUAUUUUUGGUUAGGAAAUUUAGAGCAAUGAGAGAUUGUGGACAGACAUACACAGAAACUAACCCACUAAUGAAUCCUCAUAACACCAUGGACUUAGUUAAUUGUCGUCCCAAUAUUACAGUCAAUGUAAAUAAUAAUAAUGACCAGUCAACUGUCAAAAAAUUACCAAAAAAACGAAAAUUUGAUUUAUCACAGCUUGAAGAAAAUGAUCCUGUAUCAGGUCAAAUUCCCUCAGUUCAGAAACAGUGCAAUACUAGUUGUGUAGCUAGUGUUGUUGUUGUUCCUCCUCAAUCUAUGGCUGUUGAUUAUUCUAAGCUUGAUGGAUUUGAUAGACCAAAUUAUGCUGAUGUACCAGUGAUUGUGGAGGAUCAUUCUGAAAGAAGUGAAGAAACUAUAUAUCCAUCAAAUGAACAUAGUGAUAUUCAGAGAUUAGAUGUAGAUCUUCAAGAAUGGACUGAUCAUAGGGUUUUAGCUAAAAGAGAUGGUGUUUAUUUGCCUGGUCUUAUAAGACAAGCAACUUCUAAUGGAGAUGUAUGGAUUGAAUUUGAUUACGUUGAUGGGCAGCGUUUUAUAAUGUUUAAAGAUGUUUUGAAUACAAGCAAAUAUGACGUUAUUAGCGAUGCAAGUCCAUCAUUAAGCCAAGUUAAUAUUGGAGCAAGAGUUUGUGUAAGAAUUACUGGUUCACAAUCAGAUGAAGGUCAUUUAAUUCCACGGGUAUUUAUUGAAGGUGUAGUUCAUAAGAUAAUAACCAAUCCUGUGAGAUUUGUAGUAAGUGUUGUAUCUAGCAACAAUGAUGAAUAUGUUGUAAAAAGAGCAGAUCUUCGACUACUUUUACCACCAUGGUGGGAUGAACUUGAACAUGGUAUACCAAAUGGCCAUAUACCUUUAUUAAGAGAACCUACACCCCCUACCUCAAAUGGGCCAACUAAUUAUUAUCAUAGUUCUCCACUACAACCAUCAAACAAUCGUCAUUUUGAUGACUUUUGUGAAAGUGAUGAUGAUCUUCGUCGAGAAGAUAUUUUAUUUAUGUCUGAUGCAGAUGCAGGUAAGUUGUCAGGAAGCAGUAAGCGAAGUAGUAUGCAGAGUCGAGGUAGUACAUGUAGUAUAUUAGAUCAUGGGAGUACAACACCCAGAUCAACUCCGGCUACACCUAGAUCACAAAUUACUUCCCCUCAUAAAUAUAAGAAAGGAGAUAUUGUUACCACUCCUAGUGGAAUUCGGAAAAAAUUUAACGGUAAACAAUGGCGCCGUUUGUGUUCUAAAGAAGGAUGUUCUAAAGAAUCUCAAAGAAGAGGGUAUUGUUCUAGACAUUUAAGUUUAAAAGGCAGUAGUCUAAGAUCUUGUGCUUCAAGUAGUACAAGUUUUACAAGAGGAAAUCGAAGUGCUAUGGAUGGAGAUGAAACAUCACGAGAAUCCCAAACAUCUCCCAGUUUUUCUGAACGUCGAUUAACUGGCCGUUUUGAUCCAGAUGAAACGGAAGCUGCCAACAUGCUUGGUACACAACUGUCUUUGGGAAGUUCUAGAUCUGGAACACCUUUAUAUUCAUCUCCUUGUCCUCCGAGUAACAAUAAUACACAAUCGCCUCUAACUGUUGGCUCUAGACAAAACAUGUUUCUACCUAUAAUAUUGCCAACCAACCAGAAUUAUCCUGUUACUACACCAACAGGAAAUGGACAUGCUACUCCACCUAUAACAAACAGUAAUUCUAACAAUCAAUAUAGGCAACAACAGCUUGUUAAACCAGAAUUAUUAAGACCUAAAACGCAACAUAAUUUGCAUGAUUCAAUGCCGAUUUCCAGUCAAACUAGUGUAAUCCGUAUAUCACCUCAUACAAUUCAACCCAAAAUAAACAAUGUCACAGUUAAUACUCAAACACAAGCAUGUUGGAAAGGUCUGUCGUCACCUCAACAAUCAGUGAAACAAACUAACCAACCAAUUGGUCAAUGGCAGGUUGAAAGACAUCCAAGUGUUGUAGUUUCUUCCCAACAGCAUGGUCACAUAUUAGAAAAAGCAUUAACCACAGUUGACACUAAUGGUAAUGAACCUUAUAGUCAUGUUGUGGAAAACAGUGAAGUAUUUGUUCGGGACAGCAAUAAUAGUGUAUAUCAGGAAUCUGUGAUAAAGAAAGAAACACAUAUUGAGACAGCCACUCAUGUAUCAUAUCCCCACCAACACUUAGUUAUUAAUACUGGAUAUCAUCAACAGAGAGUCCAAAACAUUCCAAAUUCAAUUACGACACCUUCAGUUGUCACUAAACAUAACUACAUACCCUCACAAAAUGAAUAUCAAGAUGACCAAAAUAAAAAUAGUAUUCUUCAACAAGUUAUUGUACAUCCUACUGAACUCUUACCUGUGUUGCCUGUAAUGGAUGAUAGAAAAGAAGAACCACCAGAACCUAAUCCAACUUCUCAUUCAAAUAAUGAAAAUGGAAACCUAACUAUUUAUUCUUGGGAUUCCUUAAUUCCAAUCUUAAAUUCUGAAGAAGUAGUUCAGACAAAUAUUUCUGCUAUACCAAAAUCUAUUACUCCGCCUCUAUCUGCUCCACCAAUUUUAACACCACCACCUGCUGAGUCUCCUGAUGUUGAUGACGACGAUGAUGAUGUAUUUGAACAAGAACCUUGUGAUACUGAUGAUCAAAAUCCAAAUACAGCAGCUGGAAAGCGUAGAACACAAUCUCUAAGUGCUUUGCAGAAUACCAAAGAGCCACAGAGUCCUUUAACUAAAGCAAAAGAUCGAAUACGAAGACCUAUGAAUGCCUUUAUGAUAUUUAGUAAACGACACAGAGCUUUAGUUCACCAAAGACAUCCUAAUCAAGACAAUAGAACUGUGUCAAAAAUUCUCGGUGAAUGGUGGUAUGCUUUGGAUCCAGAUAAAAAACAAACAUAUCAUAAAUUAGCAUCUGAAGUUAAAGAAGCUCAUUUUAAAGCACAUCCGGAGUGGAAAUGGUGCAGUAAAGACAGAAGAAAAUCCAGUGGGAGUGGAAGGUCCAAAUUAGGUUCCACUGAUGAACAUCCUUCUCUUGAUCAUGAUCCUAUGAUAGAAGUAACAAUAGAAAUGUCAGAUGAACAAAAAACCUCGAAUAAAAAAGACAUGGAUGUAGAUAUGAAAAAUGAUUCUGAAGAUGAACAGAUGGUUGUAUCUGAAGUUCCAGAAAUUGAUUUAAAGUGUAAAGAAAAAGUUACAGAUUCUGAUACAGAGUCUCAAAGUGAUGCUGAACAACUACAAGAUAACAAAAUAUUCCCCCAACAACAUUUUAGUCCUGUUAAAUCUUCUACUUCAGAAGUCACUUGUCGGCCUAAACCAAUUAAAGCUAGGCUAGUAUCUUCAAGUUCUACAGAUUCUAAGUAUCAAUCUAAAACAGUUAAUUCAAGGGAACCAACAACUCCUAUUUUAUACCCCUAUCAUUCCCCUAUAAAUCCUGUAGGAAUUUCUCCAUUUCAACCUACUGGUGGGGCCUUUAAAUUAAUGCCAGCUUCACCAAAAGUUAAAAAUCCUGAACAAUUGCCAACAUCUGAAGUAACUUGGACGACUGAAUCUGAGACCUGGAAUCAAACAAAACUGAUUAAUACAAAUGCAUGGGCAGCAUCCACUGCUGAAUGGAACAAUAAUAAACCAACUAACACAACUACUGCUAACUCUAAAAUUGUUGUCACUCCAUUUUCUCAACAGAGUAUACUUCAUUACAAUUCUUCACCAAAUAAGGAUACAGAACAAAAACCUGUUACUUCAGUUAGACAAAUUUUAGGUGGGCGACCAGUUCUUAUACAAACAACAGCUAAAAGUCAAUCGGGAAACCAGCAACAAGCUUUAACUUUUGCUUUUGUAAAUUCUGGUGAUUCAACAACUUCACUAGUAACCAAUUUACUUGUUCCAACUAGCAGUGAUAACAGAAGUUCAUCAACUACACUUCAAUAUGUUAUACCAAGUCGUUUAUCAAAUAUUUACUUACCACAAUCAAGUACAUCAAAUCAAACACAAGUUGCAAAGACAAUUCAAUCGUCAACUGUUAUCGUUAGUACACAUAAUACUCCAAUGGUUUUGCAAUCUGAUGCUGAAAACUCAGAAAAAAAUGUUAAUAAUACAAAAAAAAGUGAUCCUGAUAUUGUUAUAAGAGCUGAUAAUGAUGAAAAAUUGGUAUUAUUGGAAAAUUCACAUAGUGAUACUCAAAAAGCAUCUAACUCACCAAUAAUAUUUGAUUUUAAAGAUAAUACUGUUAAGGAGAAUAACACAAGAAAUGAUAUUGAAGACAAACCGUUUGUACUUGCUCCGACACCAGCUCAACUGGGUAAAGCACCAUUGCAAAGACGACAAUCAAUGGUAUCUUCUAGUCAAGAUUCAAUGGCUAAUUCUCUUCCUGAAAAAGAUUCUGAGAUGGUUGAAGAAAUGAAUGAAGAUACACUUGAAUCACCUUCUGCUAAACGUAGCUUUUUUAAAAAAAAUGUUGAAGAUGGAAUGAAUAGAGUUUUAGAACAAGUGAAUUUUGAAAGAAAAUUUUCUUCAUUGCCCCAAUUCAAACCAGAUGAAUGUAAUUCUCCAAGUGCAAUAUCAGUGCCAUCUAGUCCUCAUGUGUUUAAUGCUCAAACAUUCCGUAAAAAACAAUUGACUGAUUGUGAAGGUCAAGUAGAAACCCCAAAGUCAUCUGGAAAACUGGUUGGAAACACAUUUUUUGGUCCAGAUUUUAAUCCUGAAGCUUAUAGAGGUGCACUAGAACAAGAAGACACGAUUUUAGCAUCUCCUAGAACUCCCAAAACACCAAGUGGAAGGAAUGACAAUUCAGCUGCUGAAAAAGGUCAUCGAAAAAUGUUAGAACAAAGAAGACAAUUGGUAAUGACUUUAUUCCAAGAACAAGGUAUGUUUCCUUCUACUCAAGCAACUUCAGUAUUUCAGGCCAAUCACUCUGAUAUAUUUCCAAACAAAUCGUCAUUACAAUUGAAGAUAAGAGAAGUCCGUCAGAAACUAAUGGCACAUAGUACUUUGACACCUAGUAGUGUGAGUGCACUUAAUAGUCCUAUCGAAACUUCUUCAAAUGCACCAAGUUCAACUACAAAUCAAUCGUCUCAACAAACACCUAGUGUUUGUACAUCCAGCUAACAUCACUAUGUUAUUAACUUUAAAUACAGAUUAUUAUAAAAGGUUUACUUAAAUUUUAUUGUUAAAAUUGAUAUUUUUGUAUGUAACAAAAAAAAAUAUA